CCUCUCUCGCCUGUGGACGCGUUGCACCAUCUCAUUGGCCUGCAUUCACGUCGAGAUCAUGUCUCAUCAUCUUUUUUUGCUCUCUCCGUCAGACACUCCUCUGUACAGCCUGACGCAUUAUUCGUCUAAACCUAUCUCCAAUGUCGCCUCUCCACUAGCAUCGAAUCUGCCCAAUUGGUCGACAUCAGCUUUCGCGGGAACCCUGACUGCGUUAUCCGGCGCGUCUAGCUCAGUUCAUCAGAGCUCUGGUGGUGCAGUACGAAUGGGGGGAGGACAAGAUCGUCACGUCAUUCAAAUGAUUGCGAACGCUAGCUUGGACGUUGUUGAAGAUCUCAUGAAGACCCAGAGCGCCAUGUUUCUGAAGUCGAUCGACAAGUUCAAUGACUGGACGGUCUCUGCAUUCAUUACCCCCGGCAACAUGAAAUUUAUUCUUCUACACGAAGCCAAGAAUGACGAUGGAAUCAAAGCUUUCUUUACAGACGUUUGGGAGCUCUAUGUGAAGACGAUGCUAAACCCGUUCCACACCGCUCACACUACUAUAAGAAGCAGCGUUUUCGACACUCGUGUGAGAGCAAGCGCAAAGAAGUACUUGUGAAACAGACUGUUAUGACAUACGGCUUGAAGUCGACAGCCCGCAGGCCGGACUGUUCGAUCGAGACAUUUCCAUCUGCAUCUACUGAUGUUCGCCCUGAAAUGUUCUAUGUCUGUUAUCCAGAUUCAUCAAUGGGAAGACAUCAGCGGAUUGACCAACGCAUGUUUCUUGUACAGAGUCGCAUCGACCAGCUUAUAC